AUGGCAGAACCGCAUGAUCCACCGACAGAGAUGGCAAUUGAAGGCCCCCCGAGCCUAGACGCCAUCACCAAUCCCUCGCCUGCUACAAAUUGGGACAAUUCUACUGCUCCAUCACCAGCAUUGACCGCACCCAACAUGGCGGGAGAGAAUGCAUCGCCAACAGCCCAAUUAUCAUUAUUAUCAUCUACGCCAAACAUGACAUCUACGUCACAGCAACUCCCACGGACCGGAACACCAGGUCCCCCAGCAGUACCUGGAGGCGGGACGGCAGAGUCAGCAACAUCGGUCAACCCUCCGACGUCUCCAGGGCCACGCUACCAACAACAGUUCUCUGCCGCAACGCAGAUGAUUCUCAACAGGAUAAGGGGCCAGAGUACCGGCGGCACAAGUUCGGCUAUAACCUCGGCCGCUGCCAGCAUGACUCCCGGCGUGAUACAGCCAUCUACUUUUGCGGACGCUAGGAGACGAUUGAUGGACAGCAUGAGCACCACGACGAUGCAGAUACCGGCCUCGACUGUCACAGCCGCAACAGGGCCCACUCAAAGCACAGCUGCAAUGAACGCUUCCGCUUCAACCGCCUCUGCUUCCGUAUCAGCGCCAAGAUUACCUGGUCAGAAUGAGGAGAGUGCGCGAUUCGACGUUCUCCCGGACGCUGUUAACCCAGCGGCCCGUUUUCCAUCCACUCCAUCUGCCAGAACUACAGGCACAAACAAAUCAAAGGCUGCAUCGAGCAAGAGCGCAAUUGUCAAGGUCAAUGCCGGAUAUGCCCCAGGUCGGCACGUUUCCAAAGCCGCUGCAGCCGCGAAGGCAUCAAAAGCUUCAUCUGCACCCAGCACGCCCGCACCAGGAGGAUCGACAACGGGCGGCGACAAGCCAGCGACCCUUAAACGUGGACCUGGAAGACCACCCGGAAGCGGUAAGCCGAAACCACCACCCUCUGGACGAGGACCCGGAAGGCCACCUGGCUCGGGGAAGGGGAAGGGCACAGCUGCUAGCUCCAGCAGCAAGCGUAAACGCAGCGUGAGGGACGAUGCGGGACGUGACGGAUCGCUGUCUUCAGAUAUUUCCGACACAGAAUCGCCGCGCGUGGCAUCCACAGCAGCCGCCAUCAGUCCGGCGGCCUCGACUCCACUCACAACUACCAAGUCUGGACGACAGAUCCAAAAGCCAGAGACGUACAAUCCUGUUCAGAUGGAUCUGGUCAGCUCGGCCAGCACGAGGAGGACAUAUCAAACACCAGAAUCCAAGACGGCGGCGACACCCUGCAAGGCCUGCGGUAGAAUCGCCGAUACCAAGACAAACCUAAUUGUGUUUUGUGAUGGGUGCAACUACGCCUGGCACCAGAACUGUCACACCCCAAACAUUGACGAUUCGUUCAUCAACGAAAUGGCCAAGGCAUGGCAUUGUGUCGGCUGCGCGACCAAGGCAGGUGAGAAGAAGGAUGGCAAGAAAGCGUCCAAGGCGGCAGCCCCCGCCGUGGUAGCUGAACAGGCUGUUGCUGUUGCUGCUGCCGCCGCGCCUGCGUCGACGAGUAAUCCCAGCAGCGAGACAAAGGGUACCGGGAAGGUCAGUUGGAUCAAGCGAACAUCUGGUCAGAAACGCGCAUAUCUGAGCAGUCUAUCCCACGCCGACUUGGUUGAGCUGGUGAUCCACUGCACGAAUUUGCACCCAAAUUUACCCAUAUUCCCCUCCGACGACACCGGCAGUGCCGUUGGGAUCCCCACAGGCCUUUUGACUGCUGCCUCAUCCGCAUCUGGUCCCGGUCCCCGCACGGCAAUGCCCACCAGCACAGGCCGAAACCCGGCUGCCGUGAUUAGCAGCUCGGCCAGGCCGUCUGACGAGGGCAUAUGGGAGGACUUGCCAGGCAACUACAACGCCUGGAAACGACCCGAUGCCAACGGCGCACCCACGACGCGGAUCGGCGCGACGCUCAAGGAAUUGGAGGCCAUGGCAAAUGCGCACCUAGAAGACCCGGACGACCACGAGUCGUUUAGCCACACUGUAUACGACGACACUGGUCGUGCGGUGGAGGAGAACGGCGUUUUGCUGCAGUUACAGAACCAUGCCAGCGGCGCCCCGAUCUCGGUUGCCGGAGGCGGCAUCAGAGCUAGUGGAGAUUCUCGUCGGAAGGCUCAGGGGUCUACGGGUGUGCAGAGUCGUGAGCCGCCGUAUACUACACAGAGGGGCAAUUCAGCGCAUGCGAGCGCGCCGCCGGAGAUUGACGUCGACGAGGACUACGAGGAAGAGAAUCAAGACAGGCAGCCAGAAGAGCUUUCCUACGCUUACGUCGUGCAGACUGGCGGUAGCCGGGGGACGAGGCCGUUAGGCCCGGAUGACCGGAGCGCCGAGGCACGUGCCUGGGAUAACAAUGCGAGUGAAUGGGGCAGCUUUGGCCUGGGCAGGGCUGCCUUGAUGGGCGUAACUACGAAGCUCAGGCCAAGGAAGAAGUGA